UCCUCCCAUUUCUCUUCAUCCCUUCAUACAUUUGAGAACUAAAAAAGUAUAUAGCUAGUGUCACAAUGGCUAUGACAUGUUCAAUUUCAAAGUUGCUCUUUGUUGCAAUAUGUCUCUUUGUUCAUAUGAGUGUGUCCUUUGGUGAUUUUUCUAUUGUGGGGUAUUCGCAAGAUGACUUGACAUCUACUGAGAGGCUUAUUCAGCUCUUUAACUCGUGGAUGUUGAAUCACAAUAAAUUUUACGAGAAUGUUGAUGAGAAACUUUACAGAUUUGAAAUUUUUAAGGACAAUCUAAACUACAUUGACGAGACAAACAAAAAGAAUAACAGUUAUUGGCUUGGAUUAAACGAGUUUGCUGAUUUAAGCAAUGAUGAAUUCAAUGAGAAGUAUGUUGGUUCCCUUAUUGAUGCAACAAUUGAACAAUCCUAUGAUGAAGAGUUUAUUAAUGAAGAUAUUGUAAAUUUGCCCGAGAAUGUCGAUUGGAGAAAAAAA